ACCAACUUGGAAUAGAACAAAUUAAGCUAGCAUCUAUUAACCCCUCUUGUCACUUCACCCUCAGCUAAUGAGCAAAUUAAGUCUUCUCUUCCCCCCAAGUCAUAGAAAGCUAGCACUGCUGCUUGGGGAACCAUAUAUAAAACCCCCACAAGAAAAAUCAUUACAAGGAAUCGAUCCAUCCACCCACCAAUUGCAAGCAGCUAGCUAGCAAACAAUUGCAAGAGGAAGAAGGGAGGGAGCUUAGCUAGAUAAGAUCGGUCGUCUCUCUCUCGGCGCUCAGCUCUAGCUAGCUUCUUCGAUCGAUCUUCAAGUCCAUCCAGAGGGCACACAAAGCAGCUGCAGGUCGAUCGAGAGCUCUAGCUACUGUUGGCAAGAAAACCCUAGACUAGAGAAGUCUUCGAAGGCGCUAGCAUAUGGCGAACAGGUGGUGGGACGAGGGCCGUGAUCUGGGCCCGCCGGCGCCGAGCGCGGGCGAGCCCUCAUCGCUGUCGCCGCCGCCGCUGGGCGCCGCCAAGAACGAAGAAGACGGCACCGAGUCCCCGAACGGCGCCGACGCCGGGGCCGGGCCGGGCGCGGUGGUGACGGGCAACCGGCGGCCGCGUGGCCGGCCGGCGGGAUCCAAGAACAAGCCCAAGCCGCCCAUCUUCGUCACCCGCGACAGCCCCAACGCGCUGCGCAGCCACGUCAUGGAGGUGGCGGGGGGCGCCGACAUCGCCGACGCCAUCGCCGCCUUUGCCCGCCGCAGGCAGCGCGGCGUCUGCGUGCUCAGCGGCGCCGGCACCGUAGCCGACGUCGCGCUCCGCCAGCCGGCCGCGGGGUCCGUCGUGGCGCUCCGCGGCCGCUUCGAGAUCCUCUCGCUCACCGGCACCUUCCUCCCCGGCCCGGCCCCGCCCGGGUCCACCGGGCUCACCGUGUACCUCGCCGGCGGCCAGGGCCAGGUGGUCGGCGGGAGCGUGGUCGGCGCGCUGACGGCGGCGGGGCCGGUCAUGGUGAUCGCGUCCACCUUCGCCAACGCGACGUACGAGAGGCUGCCGCUGGACGAGGUGGACGCCGCCGGAGCCGAGGAAGAUGGCCAUGGGAAUGGGAUGCCGCCGCCGCACAGCGAGGCAACAAUGGCGUCGAUGAUGCCCGUGCACGGCGUGGACCCGUCCAUGUUCGGUGGCGGCAUGCCGGCCAUGGCGGGGGGCGCCGGGCUGCAGCUCGGCCACGAUCUUGCAUGGGCGCAAGCUCAACACCAGCAUCAGCAUGCACGCCCGCCGCCGCCCUACUAGCUGGCUAGCUCUAGCCAAUGCCGGCGAGGCGACAAUCGAUCUCAGGCAGUUAUUGUUGUUAUUUAUGUAUGUAGGAUGGGUCGAUUUCGAACUCGAUCGAUCGAGGAUUAUUGUGCUUAGCUUUUGAUUAAUUUCGUAUGGAUCAGUAACUGAAGAAUUGAACGAAUUAGUAUCUCUGUCUGAUGAUCUGAUCAGGAGGAGUAAUAAAUUAAGCUAAGAGGCAGUUGUAUCGAUCACCUUGCUGUUAAUUAGUUUUACUACAUCAACAAAUGAAGCCCUUUGGGCUUUGGGACAAUGUUUUGAUUUCAUGUAAUGAUCUGAUCGGCUGAUGGUUUCUCA